UGCAGUUCAGUUCCGUGCUGUAAGGCUGAUGGUUGAGACUUCCCCGGAUGCCGUCUAUGCCUACCGUGGCGCCAGCGCCGUGCUGCCCUGCCGCUAUCAUUAUGUGCCCAAGCUGGACAUCCCACGGAAGAUCCGCGUCAAGUGGUCCAAGCUGCGGGAGGACAACACCAAAGAUCAGGAUGUGCUGGUGGCGUCUGGGUCGAAGCAGCGGAGCUUUGGGGGGUUCCGGGGGCGCACGACCCUGCAGCAGGCGCCUGACCAGGAAGCGUCCCUGGUGAUCGAUGACUUGCGCCUGCACGACGCUGGCAAGUACCGCUGCGAGGUCAUCGAUGGCCUGGAAGAUGAGAGCGCGAUUGUGGAGCUAGCGCUCCAAGGUGAGUGGGACGGUGCAUUCAGUGGCCGUUUUAAAAAUCAUAAUCCAACUUCAAACUAAAUUCUGAAAUAUUCUGGAUCGCGGUGGGGACGAAGCUGAGUCCUGGGGCCAAAUCCAGCCCUCCAAGCCUCUCUAUCUAGCCCUCAGUACUCUCCCCAGGUCAUGCUGUUGCCUUGCUCUGCUUUGCACCUUCCAAGAGUGUUCUUGAAUCCUGCCUUUUGCUUGCCUGUAUGUAGGAUAGACGCAGGGGGCGCUGUGGGUUAAACCACAGAGCCUAGGACUUGCCGAUCAGAAGGUCGGCGGUCCGAAUCCCCACGACAGGGUGAGCUCCCGUUGCUCGGUCCCUGCUCCUGCCAACCUAGCACUUCGAAAGCACGUCAAAGUGCAAGUAGAUAAAUAGGUACCUCUCUGGCGGGAAGGUAAACGUGUUUCCGUGCGCUGCUCUGGUUUGCCAGAAGUGGCUUAGUCAUGCUGGCCACAUGACCCGGAAGCUGUACGCCGGCUCCCUCGGCAAAUAAAGCGAGAUGAGCGCCGCAACCCCAGAGUUGGCCAUGACUGGACCUAAUGGUCAGGGGUCCCUUUACCUAUGGAGGAUAGAAAGAUAGUGUGUGCCUGUGUAGGCUGCUCUACAAAGCUAAAAUGUAUAUGCGUUGCUCCACCCACUUUUGCCUCUGGCUCCACCCACCAAUGGCAUGUGGCCCCUGGUAAGGUUUCCCACAAUGGGAUGUGGCCCUUAGGCUGACAAUGGUUUGUAUCAAUAUCUGGGUGUAUGGUUUUACGAAGCUAUAGGCAGGAGGGUACAGGAAAUAUCCACUCGGAUCAAAGUGUAACAAAAUGUGGGAGCGAAAAUUCACAUCCCCUCUGCCACAAAGGGUGGAUUUCCUCCCCCCCCCCCCUUCCAGUAGCUAUCUUGGCUUUGUAAAGCCAAAAUUGUUUCCCAGAUUCUUUCUGGGGCACCAAUUUGGUUUCCUUACCGUAAGUUCAAACUUUUCCCUUAGGCUAAAGUUUUGGGUUCCCAGGUGGGUUUCUGGAGCUACUCUUAAACUGGAAGUUGGCUUGAAUUCAUUGGGGGUGCUGAUUGUGGAUUUAUUCCAUCCAUUUGUGGCUCUGUUGUUGCUUUGCGCUCACUCCCAGUUCAUUCGUCUCCGAGACAAUGUUUGAUUCUUUCGAAUCACCUUGGUUGAAGGCUGCGGUGCAUAAAGUUAGCUCAGUUGCUCUUUCACCCUCAUACCUGCUAAGCAGGGAAUUAAAGGGAGCCAAACCAAUGGUUAAGUCUCUGAUCUCCCAGAUCUUUAGGGUCCUGCAUGAGGACUUGUUCCCCCCAGUCACUGGGAAAUCACACCCCUGCUGUAAAGACAGAAUGCCAUGCCUGGGAUGGUUAAGGUAAAGGUAAAGGGACCCUUGACCAUUAGGUCCAGUCGUGACCGACUCUGGGGUUGCGGCGCUCAUCUCACUUUAUUGGCAGAGGGAACUGGCAUACAGCUUCUGGGUCAUGUGGCCAGCAUGACUAAGCUGCUUCUGGCAAACCAGAGCAGCGCACGGAAAUGCCGUUUACCUUCCCGCUGGAGUGGUACCUAUUUAUCUACUUGCACUUUGACGUGCUUUCGAACUGCUAGGUUGGCAGGAGCAGGGACCGAGCAACGGGAGCUCACCUCGUCGCGGCGAUUUGAACCGCCGACCUUCUGAUUGGCAAGUCCUAGGCUCUGUGGUUUAACCCACAGCACCACCUGCAUCCCUUCUGGGAUGGUUAAUCUUCCAUAAAUACAGGGAAGCUUCCUUUCUGGUAAGGCUUAAUGUUCUCCCCUCUAAUCUAUUUGACGGCAGAUAUAAUAAAACCCCAAAGAACAACAGAUGCUGCCCGUUGCCACAAUGCUGAAGGGGCAUCUAUCUUGCAUGUACUUUUCUAUUGUAGUUUUUCUUAAGGGACUGGGAAAGAUCUAAUAUAUCCUAUUAUUUGCUCCUCUGUGUGUCGUCAGAUCACUUUGACUUACUGGGGCCCUGAAGCAGUUGCAGAGCAAGUGGCAAAGUUCUUGAAUAAAGAUAUCAUCAUUAGACCCCUUUAACAGUUGCUUGAUGUAUACAUUCUCUCUCUCUCUGCAAUCAGUUUAAAACAGAUAUUUUGUUUGCGUGUCCCACUUUUUCCUGCUCUAAUUGAGAUCUGAUUUCCCCCCAUCCCCCCCUCACACAGUUGUCUAAUAUUUUAAUUUUGUGUUUUAAAGCUUUAAACACACACCAGCUUUCUAAAUACCUGGGUGGGCUUAAAAAAAUCACUUGCUCUUUUUAACAGUUUUUGUUGUUGCUGUUUUUAUUAUGAUUUGUACAUAAUCUUGGGACAUAUAUGUGGAAGGUGAUUAAUAGCUCAGAAAAAAAUUCAAAUCCCAUACUUACACAGCACUAUUGUUGUGAUGGACGCUCCCCCACUUAACAUUCUGAUGCUAGACUGCCCAAACAACUUAAUAUUAUGGAUGCUUGACGAAUCUUCCUAACCAUCAGCAGCAUGAGAUAGAAGCCACAUAGCAGAUGGCGAACUGAAUGUUUCUGGAUCACUCUCUCAAAUUUUAUUUGGAAACAUGAAUGAACUGUUCAUGAACGUAACCAGGAUUUUUGUUUUUUUUGGGUGGGUGGGUGGAGCUAAAGCUUUUUUUAAGGAAAUCAAACUUGUUGAGUUUUUCUAGGGAAAUCACUGGUAAAAUUACCCUGUAAAUAGGACAUUGUGCGGGGCUGGCUUCUGCAAGCUGGGGGGCGGGGGGACCUCAGAUAACUGAGUACUUUCAAUGCUUUUCAAUAAUACUUGUGCCCCCCGGCUACACCCAUGAAACUGUCCUUUUCCCGCUUCCUAAUAAACAGGACUCCACCUUUGUGCAGGUAGAUCCUUGGGAUUUUCUAAGAAGUCUGGAGGCGGUUAUCAGAACUGCCGAGUAUAUACCUAUUUCUGGCCACCAGAGGUCACCAGUAGCCUGUCAUUUUUCUCAGUUUUUUUAAAAAAUUCUCUCUAUCUUCUUUCAUCCAAGAUGAAAGGCUCUGUGGGAAUACAUUAAGCAUUUUCCCCCUCCCCGUGUGAGGAGCCCAUCCUGUGAUUAUAUAUUGCUGCGAUGCCGGGCUGUAUGCUGUUUGACUAAAUGGACUGAAAGAUGAGCGUUUUCUCUUUUUAAAACCAUCGUGCACUGUGGGUUCACAACGAAGCCUACUUUAGCUUUGUUAUUAUAAUGAUUAAUCAACCAACAAAUUAGAACAAAGACCUACCUAGUUUUGCAUCCCAGAUCCCAUAGUGGCAAACAAGAAGCUAUAGGGGAACUCCUCAACAUAUCCAGGAUUCGUCUGUCAAAAAUAAUGAACAAAAAAAUCAGAACAUCACUCUGCCCACCCCCCACCCCCCGGAGAAAAAAACCAAAAAACUCAACAACUUUUGUGUCUGGUUUUUUACUUUUUGAAAUAUGGCAACCCUACAUGAGGGGAAAUCCCUCUUUAUCCAUAAAGCUCACUAGUGGGGUAGGAGAGUUGAAAAUAAGGUCAAUAUAUUUCACAUCGAGAUUCCUCAUGCUCUAUAUUUUGCUCUAGUAAGUUUAGUUUGGUCAGAAUUGAGCAUACACUUCCAGUUGUUGUUCUUUAGUUGUUUAGUUGUGUCCGACUCUUUGUGACCCCAUGGACCAGAGCAUGCCAGGCACUCCUGUCUUCCACUGCCUCCCGCAAUUUGGUCAGACUCAUGUUAGUAGCUUCAAGAACACUGUCCAACCAUCUCGUCCUCUGUCGUCCCCUUCUCCUUGUGCCCUCCAUCUUUCCCAGCAUCAGGUCUUUUCCAGGGAGUCUUCUCUUCUCAUGAGGUGGCCAAAGUAUUGGAGCCUCAGCUUCAGGAUCUGUCCUUCCAGUGAGCACUCAGGGCUGAUUUCCUUAAGAAUGGAUAGGUUUGAUCUUCUUGCAGUCCAUGGGACUCUCAAGAGUCUCCUCCAGCACCAUAAUUCAAAAGCAUCAAUUCUUUGGCGAUCAGCCUUCUUUAUGGUCCAGCUCUCACUUCCGUACAUCACUACCAGGAAAACCAUAGCUUUUACUAUACGGACCUUUGUUGGCAAGGUCAUGUCUCUGCUUUUUAAGAUGUUUGAUCUUCUUGCAGUCCAUGGGACUCUCAAGAGUCUCCUCCGGCACCACACUUCCAGAGCUAACACUAAAUACAUGACUUCUGGUGAAUGAGCCACCAUAGAGGGUACAUGAAAAUUUGUGUCCCAUUUUUUGUUUAGACUUUUCUAAAUGUUCUUAUGUCACCGGAAGAAAGUGAGCAGCAAUUCACAAGAAGCCAAAGGCCUUGUGUGCACCUCUCUUGGGGACAGAAACUCAGAGAUACAAUUCCCAGAGUUUCUUGGCAAGAGGGACUGGUUGUUAAAACUGCUUUGGGGAUCGGAGCUCUCAGAAGGCAAUAGGGGCCUCCUAACAACUCUCAGCACCCUUAACAAACGACACUUCCCAGGGAAUCCAUGACUGCUAUAAAUGUGUAGUUCAGAUGCUGCAGGCUUGCAGCUCCCAACAUCUCUGUCAGGAUGCUGUCAGCAGCUGCUGGCUGGUUGCCCAGGACAGUAUAAAGACAAGGGAAGGUUUCUUGCAGUCCUUUUUUAUUUCAAACUUUACAGAGAGAGGCUCUAGAAGCCAGCCUCUUGGAUAAUGGCGUUGUCCCGAGUGAAACUCCACCCCCUGCCUCUCCCACUUCCUCAUUCGUCACUUCUACGGGUGCUGCAAUGUGCUCUUUGAGCUCUUUGCUCUCCUACUUUUAAGGCUCGCCGGGUUCUGGGAGAUGGAGGGUCUGGAAUGCUUUCUGAUGACAACGUGUCAGCCAGGUGUUGCUCUGGCUCUCCCAUGAUUUCCCAGCUUUCCCCCUCAUCUGCCUCUGAGCUGUGACUUCCUUCAACCCCCUGUUGUAAAUCUAGACUGUCUUCCUCUUCCCUGGAAAGGUCAGGAUGGGGAGGCGGUCUCCACCAUUCCUCCUCUGCCCAGUCCCUGACAACCCCUGACUGUUGGCCUAGCUGGCUGGGGCUGAUGGGAGCUGGAGUCCAGCAACCUCUGAAGGCCAUAGGUUCCUCACACCUCAGUAAGCGAUGCUUCCUCCUGUACUCACUCAGCAACUUUCUUUUCCCCAGGGGUGGUGUUCCCUUACCAGCCUCAGCGUGGGCGCUACAAGCUCAACUUCCAUGAGGCCAAGAAGACCUGUGAGGACCAGGAUGCCAUGAUGGCCUCCUUUGAGCAGCUCUUUAAGUCCUGGAUGGAGGGCCUUGACUGGUGCAAUGCAGGCUGGCUGACGGACGGCACAGCCCAGUACCCCAUCACUGUGCCACGGGAGCCCUGUGGAGGCAAACACAUGGCCCCUGGCCUCCGGAACUAUGGAGAGCGCCACAGGAACCUCCAUCAUUUCGACGUCUUCUGUUUCUCUUCUGCUCUGAAAGGUGAGUUGUUCUCUGCCAUCGUUCACCAGCCAGGCUACUUUAGAGGAGGGAUGGGGAGAUGGUGGGCCUGGGCACGUCCUCUCUGGCCUGGCUGUAUGUCCCCACUCUGGCGAUUUCAGAUUGACUACUUCCUCUUCCCAUAUGAACCUGCCCGGACCCUGAGAUCAUCUUCUGAGGCCCUCCUUUGUGUGCCCCCUCCUCGAGAGGUCUGGAAGGUGGCAUCAUGAAAAUGGGCCUUCCCUGCAGUGGCUCCCCGUCUGUGGAAUGCUCUCCCCAAGGAAGUUCGCCUGGUGCCUUCAUUAUACACCUUUAGCCGCCAGGCAAAAACAUUCCUUUUCAACCAGGCCUUUGGUUGAUCUGAUUUAGAUUCUCUACUCUUUUAAAAUGUGUUUUUGUUGUUUUGGUGGGGGGCUAUUGGGUUGUUGUUUUUAUUUUUAUUAGGUAUUUUGUGGUUUUAUAUCUUGACUUUAUUCUGUGAACUGCCCUGAGACCCCUGGGUGGUAUAUAAAUUCAAUAAAUAUAAAUUCAAUUUAAUAAUAAUAAUAAUAAUAAUAAUAAUAAUACGGUAAUUCACCGGGCACGGGACUGCCUUUGAGGACUGCCGUUAGUUCAAACUACAGCCUCUAGGCCAGGCAUAGGCAAACUUGGCCCUCCAGAUGUUUUGGGACUACUAUUCCCAUCAUCCCUGACCACUGGUCCUGUUAGCUAGGGAUCAUGGGAGUUGUAGUCCCACAACAUCUGGAGGGCUGAGUUUGUCUAUGCCUGCUCUAGGCUGCUGAUUGGGACUUGAUCCAUCUAGCUUGGUUCUGUUUACUCUGACCUGCAGCCGCUCUCCUGAGUUACAAGCAACAGACCUUUCCGGUCAAGCUGGAGAUGUCCUUGGUGUGGAACUUGGGACUUUUUAGAGACAGCUAAACCUCUCAUUCAGUUCAACAUCACAAACCUUGUUAUGCAUUCUGCUACUCUUAGAGGCGCUCAGCCUGCAGAAUCCCUACCCAAGAUAAGUCUUGGUUGGCUCCCUCUCAUCUGAGCUUUUAAAACCGUCACCUGGCUUUCAGCUGGGGUUGGAAUUCAUCUCACUCCUGUUGAUUGUUUCACCCUGAGCUUCAUUUUACGGUAGUUAAUGGAUUUGGGUAGCUUUCCUUUUGCUUUUGUAUUUGAUGGGUUUUAAUGAAAUGCUCUAAAUGCAGUAUGCUGCUUUGAGUAUGCUUUUUAUUCGUACUACAAAGAGCAAUCAUUAAAGGGAAGAUGAGUUCUGGAGUCUAAAUUCUCCAUUUAACUCCCUGUAACUGUUCAUGGACUUUGGUACUGAAAAGCACAAUUUGUGUUCCCCUAGGCUGUGUUUUCUCCUCUGUGCUGUGGUUGUCUUGAUAACCCUGUCCUGCAUGGGUUACCAGCAUGGCUCUCACAAGCAGACAUGUGCUCAAAUAGGCUUACCUGACACCUUUAGGGUCGCCCCCCUCCCUUGUGUCAGGGACUGGACUGAGGAGGAACGGUGGGUACCAUCCCCCCUUUCUCCUGAACCUUCCCGAGAACAGGAGGACAGUAUAGAUUUAGAACAGCGGUUUGCAGAAGGCCGUAGUUCAGAGGCUGCAGAGGGGAGAAACUGGGAAAUUUUGGAAAAGGAACAGCAAGAAGAAGCACAAGGGGAGAGACAGCUGACAGACUCAAUGUCUUUGGAAAGCAUUCCUGAUCCUCCCUUUCCCAGGACCAGGUGGGCAUUGAGAGAGCUCAGAGGCAGAAAGCUCAGAUUAGCUGACACAGGGGUGACGUAUAAUAGGAGAGACGGAGGGGGUGGGACUUUACUUGGAGCAAUGCCAUUAUUAGGGAAGACCGCAUUCCUUCGUUUCUUCCUGCGAAUAUUAAUAAAUUACGUGGUAAGAACUUUUAAUUGUUUCUCUGCUUCUUGGCAGCUACCGUGGGAGGGAUCAGAUUCUCCAAAGCUAUAACUAGGCUUGAAAGAAGCAGAAUCUUCUCUCCACAAUAUAAUCUCCAAGAAAGAACAACAUCCUUCUAAACUCCCCAAUUAGGCUAGCAAAAAGCUAAGGCUAAAGGGUAACUAGGGAGUAGGGAAGGGAAGAAGAGGAGGAGUGAGAGGAUAUUUUUAUUUGUUUGUUUUUAUUUAUGACAUUUAUAUAUCACUUUUCCAAGGAUCUCAAGGUGGUGUACAUGGUUCCCCUCUUCCCCAUUUCAUCCUCACAACAGCCCUGUGAGGUAGGUUAGGCUAAGAGAUGGUGGCCGGCCCAAGGUCACCCAGUGAGUGGAGAUUCGAACCCUGCUCUCCUAGGUCCUAGUCUAACAUGCUAACCAUUAGGCCAUGCUGGCGUAUGUCCUUGUGGUGCAUGGGGGGCGCUUUGUGUAGUGUGGUGCAUGCAUGGUUGUAGCACAUGUAUAGCGCCCACAACAUUUUCUCUGGCUUGCAAAAGACUGGUGACUCCUGCUUUACCAUAUGACCAUUGUUUAGGGUCUGCAAACCCAAGGUGAUAGCCAACGCUAGUCCUAAAGGUAAAGGGACCCCUGACCAUUAGGUCCAGUCGCAAACGACUCUGGGGUUGCGGCACUCAUCUUGCUUUAUUGCCAAGGGAGCUGGCAUACAGCUUCCGGGUCAUGUGGCCAGCAGAAUUAAGCUGCUUCUGGCAAACCAGAGCAGUGCACGGAAACGCUGUUUACCUUCCCGCCGGAGCGGUACCUAUUUAUCUACUUGCACUUCAUGCUUUUGAACUGCUAGGUUGGCAGGAGCAGGGACCGAGCAAUGGGAACUCACCCCAUCAUGGGGAUUCGAACCGCCAACCUUCUGAUCGGCAAGCCCUAGGCUCUGUGGUUUAACCCACAGCACCACCCGCGUUCCUAUGCUAGUCCUAGAUAGCUUUAAAAGAGGACUAAAGAAAUUCAUGGAGGAGAGGGCUAUCGAUGGCGACUAGCCAUGUGGGAUAUUCUCUAGCUCCACAGUCGUAAGUAGCGAUGCUUCUGAAUGCCAGCUGCUGGAACCCACAGGAAGGGAGAGGACUUUGUGCUUGGGGUCAUGCUUGUGGCAUCUGCUUGGCCAUUGCAAGAAGAGGAUGCUGGACUAGAUGGCCUGAUCCAGCAGCCUUCUUACAUAGUCAGAUUAGACCCACUGAAAUGAAUGAACCCAGGGUGGUCAUCCUCAUUAACUUCAGUUAGUCAUUUCUGAGCAGGACUUAGCAUUCAGUAUAACCCCAAAUAAACUAAACAGGAAGAAAAAAGCAGGAUAUGUAUCUGUAAGUGGGUCUCUUUUGGGAUUUUCCUGCAUUGCUCCAUAACUCUUUCUCUGCCCCCUCCCAACAGGAACGGUUUACUAUCUGUCCGGCCGCGAGCAGCUCACCUUGGAGGAAGCCAAGCAAGCAUGCCAGGACGAUGGCGCUGAGAUUGCCAAGGUGGGCCAACUUUAUUCAGCAUGGAAGCUCUCUAAUUUGGACCGUUGCGACGCCGGCUGGUUGGCUGAUGCUAGUGUGCGCUACCCCAUCACUUCGCCCCGGCCCAACUGUGGUCCCCCGGAACCUGGGGUCAGAAGCUUUGGCUUCCCCAAAGUUGGCAAAUUUGGAGUCUACUGUUACAAGAUGAGCUGAAGGAAGGCCAAUAUAUGGACACUGUGCACCAAUGGACAAUAUCCUUCUGUUGCCCACCUAGAGUUUAUUAUUUAAAGGGCCAGUCUUGGGGGGCAGUUUUAAUUGUAUGUUUUAUUUUGUGUGUGUCUCUUGGGCUUUGUUUUUUUACAUUUUUGUAACGAAAGGGGAGGAAAGCUGCACAGCCCCACAGAAUAGCCUUGGAGUGGACUUGGUGCUGAUUCUAAGAUUCUUCCACUUCCAUUGCCUGUCUAAUCCAGUGGUAAGAUAAACCCUUCUUGAGAUUUAGUGUUGUUUUUCUGUCUGGUCAUCUGAUUUCUGGAACGGGCUCAGGUUGAGAUCUAUGGAUGAGAUUGCAGAACUGUCUCGUGCUCAUCUAGGUCUGUACUGUGGUGGCUGCAUCUUGCCAAAGGAUUCCCAGUCCCGAUGGGAGGUUCCCAGUAGUUACUAGAAUAAGGUCUCCUCACCCCACAAUGGCUUUGCCUCCUAGUAAAUCCAUUGUUUACAGAUUAGGAUGGGGUGGGGAAACUCUCCAGCCAGAGGGCUAUAUUCAACCCUGGGCAACCUCUUGUCAGUGCCGUGAAGGGCCAGAAGGAAAAUAUAGCUUUGUACAGUACAUCUGUUUCGACAUAUGCCCCUCUCUGUCUUCAUUCCAGAGAAGCAAGAGACAUAAUCAGAGUUCAGUGACACAUUCCAGCAAUGCAAAAACACUUGAGGGCGUGAAACAAGGCUGGGAAGGGGUGUGGCUUACAGAGAGGGGUGUGGCCUGGCAAGAGUGGGUGUGGCCAUGAAAGGGACUGACUUCUGAGUAAGCAUGCCUAGAAUCAGAGCAACAUCAGGAGGGUCACAGGAGUCUACCUCUGCAGGUUGGAGAUACACACACACACACACGACAAGUAGGACCUCUGGCAAGGGGUUCUACCCCCUGUAGCAAGGUCCUGACCCUGAUGGUCAUGCUGGUGCCUACUUUUGUUCAAAAAAAAAAAGCAGGACAUGUGAAUAUAGUCUUUCAUUUAAUGUCUCUUUUUUGGGGGGGCCUGUAGAGCAUACAAGUGGGACCUGCAGCAAAACAUUGCAGCGUAUCUUCACUUUGUAGGAAUGUUCUAGUUCUUGUUGGCUAGCCAUGCCCUCCUCCCACAUCACAGGCACAUAGGGAACUGCCUUUUAUACCCUUACGUGAAACUACCUUGCCACUAUUAAGGAAAGCUCUCUAAGUUGCCAUACUUUGGCAUCUGCGUGCUCUAUUCUUGUGUGUACCUCACCUUUUGGUUUUGCUGUUCAAACUUGGGGGUUUCUCGGACGUUUGCGAAUAAAACCCUUAAGAAAACCA